AUGAGAUCACAAUCCAACCUAAUCCGCCAAGGAGGGAAUCCUUCCGAGACAAGACGCCAGCUGGAUCUAACGGAGGAGGACGAGAUCAUCCGUAUCCCAGCAUGUGAUCUUACUGCGGCGUCUGAACGCUUCAAAAGAACCCUAAUUGGAAGAGUUCUACACAGAAGAGGCAGAAGUGUUGAAGCGAUGAUUGCCCUUCUUCCGAGAGCCCGCAUCUGGAAUGUGGAAGGGAGAGCUCGUGGGGUUAAUCUGGGUAAUGGUAGUUUCCGCUUUGAUUUUCAUAAGGAGGACGAUCUUAACAUGGUGUUGAACAAGAGGCCAUGUCAUUUCAACCACUGGAUUUUUGCUCUGGAACGUUGGGAACCAUCAACAAGUGAGAACUUUCCCAACACGAUCCCCUUCUGGAUCAAGAUCACUGGGGUCCCAGUCCACUUCUGGAAUGAUGAUACUUUCAGUGCAAUUGCAAAAGCUCUGGGAAAAAGUUGGAUAUUGACGCAAAGAAUGCUCGUAUUCAAGUCUCCAUCGAUGCUGAUAGACUUCUUAAGCUGGAGGGAAGGAUUGAAUUCCCUAAUGGAGAUUUUGGAAAAGUAUACAUGA